UUUUAAAUCGUCCUUUUUCAAGUGGGUGGCAAAAUUAAGGGAGAAGAUUACCAUUCUUUAUAAAACAAGUAUACCUAUAUUCAUUCUUUUCUCUACAACUAUCGUGCAAUUGGACAUUAGAUUGUAAAAAUUGAUGAUUUUUUGGCGUAUACCUACUCUGUAUAAUCAGAAUAGAAAAAAAGGAAAACUGGACCGUUCAGGCCCUUAUGUUCUAGACUUUGAUAACCUAAAUCAUGUGCCCUGAGUAGACUCAAUGAUCUGAUAACGACAGAUGUGUGUAUUUGGAGCAAUCAAUUCACCAAGGAAUUCAAUAUAAUCAGAAUACUCAUUUUCAAUAUAAUCAGAAUACUGUUUUGAAAAAAUAGUUUGGGAUUUGUCUGCUGGGAUUUCAAAAGCAAAAUUUCAAUAUUUCAACCGUUUUCUUCCUAUUUCAGAAGAUAUUUGCCUUACUCGGAAUAUGAAAAAUUCAGAAGAAUAUCGUCUUACUUUGAUGGUCAUGUUUAUUAGCUUGUUUAGGCCUGAUUCAAUAUAAUAGCUACCAAGAAUUUAACCCUUUCAGACCCGGCGUCCAUUAUAAUGGACAUACAUUUCAUUAUUUAUAAUAAGGACAGACAAUAAUUUAUUUAAUUGUCUGAAGGCUCGACUACGCCACUGUAUCCUUUAUUAGUCUAAAUUAAGCACGCAGCACCAUCUAUGAAUGUUUUUGUGAAAUAUAUGAUGAUUAUAAUACGACAGUUAUCAUGGCGGGAACAUCACGCUCCGCCAAAGCUUUCUUUGACCCUGAAAAUCCAAAGGAUGCGGAUAUAUUAUUAUUACUUUUAGAUGAUGACGAUCUGGAAAAGGAAUGUGAGAAGGUUUUGAGCUCUUUAGGUCAGUUUUCCGACACCGAAGCUGACAGUGACCAGGAAAUUGAAACAACGUUCAAUGACAUACCAGCUAUUUCAAGGGUGGUAGGAAGAGAUAUUGAGCUUAUACCCGAGACAAUUGCGUUACCAGAAAGAGAACAGAACGAGAGCAGCAAAGAAAUGAAAGUUACCAAGAAAUUGGAUAUAAACUGGAAGAAAGGAUCUUUUCUAAAGUACAAAUUUAUAACAGGAAACAUAGGAACAGAAAAUAAUGACAAUUCUGAAAACAAUUUCGUUUCAGUAAACCACCACUAAGCCAAGAUAAUAUUUUUACAAAAAAAGACAGAGGAUACAGUGAAGAGGUCGUAAGUGAAGAUGGCAUAGUUUUAUGUAAAUGGCUGGAUAAUAGGUCUGUGGUCAUGGGAUCUAAUUUUGUAGGCAAGGGAGAUGAAGAUAAGGUAAAACGUUGGGAUAAAGCGGGGAAGACUUAUGUAGAAAUACAGCGUCCAGAUGGUUAGUCAUUAUCGAAUUUUUAUAAAGUCUAGAAAAUGGACUCUACGCAUGAUAUUUCAUGCAGUAGAUUUAGUUUGCACUAACAGCUGGUUAGAGUAUAAAAAAGACGCUCAAGCUAUGGGUGUAGCCAAAAAUGAAAUAAUGGAUUCCUUACACUUCAAAAUGCGGAUAGCAGAGUGUUUGAUGAGGCAAAAUCGUCCUGUAAAUCUGAAAAGAAAAGUUGGGCGACCUUCUUCCAGUCCACCAGUUUCCCAUGUCCUACCCAAAAAGGCAAAUACUGAAGUGAGGCCCCUACGCGAAAUUCAGACAGACCACAAGGAUCAUAUGCCAGAAAUGGACCAAAAUAAAGAAGCAAUAAGAUGCAAAUAUCCUGGUUGUAAAGGGAAAACUCAUGUUUACUGUAUCAAAUGUAAAAUUCAUCUCUGUUUUGUCAAAGAUAGAAAUUGUUUCAGAAAUAAUCACCAAUAAACUAUUCAAUCCAAUGAUAUCCGUAUUUAGUAUUGGGUCUACAUGUCCAUUAUAAUGGACAUGGUUUUUUUUCUUGAAAAAAUGUAAAAUAAAAAUAAAAAAGUGAAUAAACACCCUUAUGGAUCAUUAUUCUGUUGGAAAACCCCUAAAAAUAAUUUUUUUGAACUCAAACCAAAAUUCGGGUCUGAAAGGGUUAAU